AUGGAGCUCUGUGUUGAAGGGGAUCUCUGGGACCGAGCGCAGCGCUCGCCAAACGGACAAGUACAAGAGCAGGAGGCCCUGCGUUUGUUUUGUAAGAUGACACGCAGCCUGCACUACUUGCACAACAAUGGCAUCGCACACCGAGAUGUGUCAUUAAAGAACGUGCUGUUGUGCAACGGUGUGUGCAAGAUCUCGGACCUUGGGCUCGCCACAGACGCCGAGCGGACGUGCGAAAAUGAAGUAGUUGGCAAAGCUUACUACAUGGCGCCCGAAGUUGUGACCGGUCAGAGCUAUUCGCCUAUACUCGCUGAUAUGUGGCCGCUAGGUAUGACGCUGUUCAUCAUGUUGACGGGAUCACCGCUCGUUCAUCGUGCACAGGAAUUCGAUAACGACUUCUAUAGCUUCUUAAAGCUUGGCAUCCGUCGUGUGGUAUGCGCAUGGAAAAUGUCUUCGUUCAUCUCGGAAGAAGUGUGCGAUCUGAUGUCAGCACUGCUGCAGCGCAACCCCAUCGAUCGUCUGACAACAUCGGAUGUCUUCGCUCAUCCAUUGUUACAAUAA